GAACGUAGGUUUCAAGUGGGAGGGGCUUUCGGCGGGUGACGCGCUCCGGUGUGGCGGCAAGCGACCGGGCUGACUGAGAAGGAGGCCGGCCGACACCGUCCAGAGAGGAGCCGCGGGGAUUUGUGUCACUUUUACCCUCGAUUCGCAACUCCUACUCUUUCGAGAUGUCCGACGACGAGCAGGAGCAAACCAUUGCCGAGGACCUAGUGGUUACCAAGUACAAGAUGGGCGGCGACAUCGCCAACCAGGCUUUGCGUCUGGUUGUGGAAGCGUCCAAGCCCCAAGUGUCUGUGCUCAGCCUAUGUGAGAAAGGCGAUGCCUACAUAAUGACGGAAACUGGGAAGGUCUUCAAGAAGGAGAAGGACAUGAAGAAAGGCAUCGCCUUUCCUACCAGCGUCUCCGUUAAUAACUGCGUUUGCCACUUCUCCCCCUUGAAGAGUGACCCCGACUACAUACUUAAAGACGGAGAUCUGGUCAAAAUUGACCUCGGCGUUCACGUAGAUGGCUUCAUUGCCAACGUCGCCCACAGCUUUGUGGUGGGGGCCUCGAAGGAGAACCCCAUCACGGGCCGCAAAGCUGACGUCAUCAAGGCGGCCCAUUUGUGCGCCGAAGCCGCGCUUCGCCUCGUCAAACCUGGUAACCAGAACACCCAGGUGACGGAGGCGUGGAGCAAGAUCUCCCAGUCAUUUAAAUGCUCCCCUAUUGAGGGUAUGCUGUCUCAUCAACUAAAGCAGCAUGUCAUCGAUGGAGAGAAGACCAUCAUUCAGAACCCAACAGACCAACAAAGGAAGGAUCAUGAGAAGGCAGAAUUUGAGGUGCACGAAGUUUACGCUGUGGAUGUCUUGGUCAGCACAGGAGAAGGGAAGGCUCGAGAUGGAGGUCUGAGAACCACCAUUUAUAAGCGGGACCCCAGUAAGCAGUACGGCCUGAAGAUGAAGACUUCCCGUACUUUCUUCAGUGAGGUCGAACGGCGCUUUGAUGCCAUGCCCUUCACUCUUAGGGCGUUCGAGGAUGAGGCCAAAGCCCGGCUGGGAGUUGUGGAAUGUGCCAAACAUGAGUUGCUUCAGCCCUUCAGCGUCCUACACGAGAAAGAGGGAGAGCUUGUAGCCCAGUUUAAGUUCACAGUGCUGCUGAUGGCCAACGGGCCUCACAGGAUCACCAACGGGCCCUUUGAGCCAGAGUUCUACAAGUCAGAGCACGAAGUACAGGACGCAGAGCUAAGGACUUUGUUACAGAGCUCUGCAAGUCGGAAAACGCAGAAGAAAAAGAAAAAGAAGGCCUCAAAGACGGCAGAAAACGCAGCAGGACAGCCAAGUGAGGAAACAGAAGCAGCAGAAUAAGUAACUGCAAUCACGCCCAUGCAAGAAGAGCCCAAAGAGAAGCAAGAAAACGAACCCGCUGUCCUCCAGUCACUCACUCACUCCCAAGAGCUGAUUUCACAAUUUGUCCAAAUUUUGUCCGAAACCAAGAACUGGACGCAAAUAUUUCAUAAGGGACAUUCUCUUUCUUGAACUCAUGGUUGGCAAACCCUUUACUGCAUUAUAGAAAAUGACAUAAAGAAAGGUUGAGUGAGUGUGCUUGUUUAAAAAAACAAACCAAAAAAAUAAUAAUAAUCCACUUUACGAUACUGGUUACAUCUGAAUCCUCAAAAACAUCUCUGGCUUUCGUUGGCAUAUAACUGCACUAACAAUUUGUUUUUGACGUCCAAAUGUGAUUAAAUAAUUACUGGAGCUGUUGCCUUAAGCACAUAUCCAAUUGAAAUAUAGUUCACUGCGUGUCUCCGGCCAUGUUUUGUUCAAGUUCACGAACCGAGUUCUUCAGUCAUACCAGUCCGUUGUUCAUCUGCCGUCACUUCGAUGGACGUGCAGUAAAGGGUUGUAUUUGGUGCUUGUCACUCAUGAAAACUGGCAUAGUUAGGAUAAGUUUCACGUGUAGAGUGGAAACGAAACGUAUGCAUGUCAUAGACAACAUGCGUCGUCUUGGUCAAGAGAUAUUUUUUUAGAGGAAUUUUCCCACAUCGAGGGGAAGUUAAAGGGAAAACAGGUGUUGGGGAACAAAUGCUAAAUUUACUGCCAUUAACUGUGGACGAGAUAAGCUAUGGAGGUUUUGUGCGUCCGAAGAGAGUGUUUCAAGACUCGGGGGAGACGUUGUUGGUUCCGGUUUGUCCAAAUGCGCAAUCCCGCAUUGUAGCUCGUUCGGAGGGCAAAUGACUUUUCAACAGACUACAAUAAAUGUUUUUCAUAUUCCUUUGUUUUCAAUAAAGGCACAUUUAUGCCCAACA